AUUUUUCAUUGUAAACAAAACAAAAAAAAAAUUCUGUAAUUUAGUGCAAGAAAUAAUCAAAACAUAAACAAAAGAAGAAAAAAUGAGUAAAGUUAUUGAAAUAAUCGAUUCAGACGAUGAUAAUCACGCCUCCAUAGAUACACCAUCAACAUCAAUCACCUCGUCAACAGUCAGCAGCAUGGAACAGGACGAUAAUCAACAAGCUCAAUCUAGGCGUCGACGACGCAAAAGUGUUCUACAUGCAAUGAACGACCCAUAUAUGCAUUUCCUUACAAUAUCACUCGAAGAUGAUGACGAUGAAGUUGAAACACCAAAUUCCACACCAACAACACCCAUCCAGCGAUAUCAAGCUAAAAGUACUUCUAGUGCUGGAACAUCUUCGCGUACGCUCUUGAAAACACCUAGAACUGCACCGAAAAUUCUUGCCAACAAACCAUUAACAAGUGCAAAUAUAGUAGAUGCUAAAUAUGAAAAUUUUCUUAAUGAUCCCGAGACCAUAAGUGAUCUUUAUGCUAUAGCCGAAGAACGUGCUCGUAUUAAUUAUUUACUUUCACUGAACGGUAUGCCAGAGAUCAAUUUUACUUUAUACACUCGGCCGGAACGCCUGCAAUUUCAACUUGAAGAACGUUUAAAACAACGCAAAAUGGUACACAAUUGGGAUAAUACACGCAUGCAAGAGAAUCGUCGUAGUUUAUUGCAAAAGAAUAAUGAACAGAAUACUACAUAAUUUAUUUUUAAAUAAAUAAGUUAAGAUAUAAAAUAAAGGCAUUAACUUAAAAA